AUGAUAUUUCAACAAUUAUUGGAGAAAUCAAAUACAUUAGUUCAAAUAUUUAAGGAAAAAAAUAUUCAAUAUUCCAUCGUUGAACAAUCACUUCCUCAUCACCGUUUUUCUCCAGAUCAAUACCUCAUUCUUUAUUUCUCUCUUUGUAUUUUUACAUCAGUUGUUAACCAAACACUCUUUCUCUCCUUAUCAAUCUCUAUUUGUAUUUUAUUCUUAACCAACAAAGUCUUUCAUUAUCUUGAAUUUAUUCUAACUCUUCUUAAACCAUUCAAUUCUCAAAGUUAUGUUGCCUGUUUUUCUAGUUAUAACGGUUAUUUUGUUAAUGAAGACUAUUUAAAUCCAUGGAAACCAACAACCCUAAUUUAUUGCCAUUUACAUCCUUUAAACAAACAAUCAUUACUUUUAGUUCUUCAUAUUGGAAUAUUAAUACUUCCAUUUAUUGGAAUUAUUCAUGGAGAAAUUGGGGAAAAACUACGUAUUGUUAUUUCUGUUAUCUUCUUCUUUAUUUCAUGUUUCUUUGAUAUUCCACGAAUUGACACAAUAAAUCAAGUAUUUUCAUGUCAGCUUCUCUUCUCAAUUAUGGAAUUAAUUCCACAAACACCAAUUAAUAUGAAUAUAGUAUUUGCAUUUGUUGCAGGUAAUCAAGUUAAUACAAAAAUGGUUCAGAAUUUAAUUCUUAUUUAUGACCCUUCAUUUAUAUUUUACGUAUCUUCUUCUGAUGACAUAAAAAUAUCUCAGACUCAUGGGUAUUGGGAAAUUCCAUACCAACCAAUCUCUGUUCCUCUUCAACCUCUUCAUUGUUCUGAUAGACAAAACCAACUAUUUGAAUCAUGUGAUUUUCUUAAUCAAAAACACCAACAAAAUUUAAACAUUUUAUUCCAUCAUCAUGCAAGGUACAGUAUUAACCCAUUUAUUUCUCGUGCACAGGUACAUUUUAUUAUUCAAAGAGGACAUCACAAAUGUAAACAUAACAUUCUUAUUGUUGAUGGUCAACUAAUUCUUUAUUUACAAAGUUUUGCUCGUUACCUAGUAUCUGUUCUUCAAGAAAUUUCAACUUUUCAAAAAUAA